AUUAUUACCCCUUAUAACUUAUGACGUUACAUCCUUGUGUCUUCCUAUAUUAUCAUGCGGAAUCACAGGUGUGGACAUUAUUCCUGAGAUUGAACCUCGCUAGACAGUCAUCACCAACCAGAAGUCGUCAAGAUGAGGGUCUCCAUUUCAUUUGGACAACUGUUACUGGUGUUGAGUGUAUUCCUCAAACAAACCAACGGACUUUGUGAUCUAAGUACUGGUCCUGCCUUUCAAGCAGGAACUAUUCGAGUAUCAAUUGAAGAAGCUGAUACAGCAUUCGGCCCGGACAUAACCCUUUAUCGUAAAUUUAUCGGCCUGACAGAUCCACCAAAUUCUGUUACAUUGACCAUUACCCAAAAGAAUUCCUUGCAGCCAACUAAAAUAGAUCCGUCCGAGUUCAUAUUGGAAUAUUUAACUGAUGCACAGGUUGCAGGAGGAGGAACUCAAACUGGAUAUUUUAUUCGACCGGUGUCGCCCAUCGACAGAGAUGGAAAUACUUUUUCAGUAUCUGAUGAUACCACUAUUCUAGAGUAUACGAUUGAAUGUAAACCAACUGAUCCUAAUGAUACACAAGGAACAAAUUUUUUUCCUAUACGGAUAAAUAUUGUAGACAUCAACGACAACGCUCCACAGUUUCUGCCAGCAUCUUAUCCCGAUGUUCAAAUCAAGAUGUAUACACCAACAGGAACAACAAUUAUUGAGGAUGCUGUAAAUGCCAAUGAUAAAGAUGACGGAUUAAAUCGGGAAAUUGUUUAUGGUAUUGUACCUGGUGAUGGAUCAGCCGCGGAUGGAAGCACCAAAUUCAGCUUCAGUACCAUCCAUGUUGGCCAUCUCCAAGUUAACCAACAACUUACAGAGAUGGCAACUUAUAUCCUCAACAUCUCAGCUACAGAUAAAGGUACACCAGAACGGGUCUCCUAUACAACAAUGACCGUUACAAUAAUAGCAGGCGAUGAUAUAUCGGCAGCGUGUGAAUGUGACACAACGAAACCAAGCACAACUCAACAAAUCUCAACGCAACCAAGCACAUCUCAACAAACCGCAACGGAACCAAAGACAACGCCACAGGCAACCUGUGGUACGCCAUCAAACAGUGCCCUGUGUACAAACUGUCGAUCUUUAAAUCUGUAUGCCGUAGUCUCAUUAUUCUUCAUACUCAGUCUAUAUCUGUAGAAAGUCCCUGUGUUCUGUAUGUAUAUAUAUCAUCGAACUUAUUUAUCAGCCAAGGAUGUAUAACAAGACUGGAGUCGCCUUUUAAAUAAUCCUUUACAUUCCUUUUUGUUUAGAAAGUUUGGAAAUUAUGAACGUGUGUUUUAGUCCCACAUGGGAUGUGGCUUUUUUAUACGCGAUAUUUUAAAUGGUUAAUUUCAUUCCUUUUCAAAUAAGACCCAACCGUCUUUACCUCAUUGACCUGUAUACAGGUAUGUUCCUCCCCUCUGUACAGGUAUAUACAGGUAUGUGCGACCUUCACAACACAUUGCAUAACAGACCCGAUCAUUAUAUCUAGUGAUAUACGUAAAACCAUUUCUCAUUUGACGGAUAUGACAGAAUGCGGGAAUCCCCAUGGGAUGGCCCAAACAAUCUCUUGAUGGUAUAAACUGACAUGAUUUUUGUUAUUAACAAGUGUAGCCUUGUUAUGACUGUGGGUAGUUUGGGUUAAUAAAUUUUUUUAUGGGGCUCUGUAUAGGUCUUUUACUACAUUAAAAUAAUAUGACCAUUUAUAAAGCGCUAUAUCCACAAAACUUGCUCAUGGCGCACAUUUUACUUUAUUCAUUACUCUAAUAUAGGCUUUAUACAUUUCCGUAGAUGUUUUAUACAUUUCCGUAGAUAUUUUAUACAUUUCUGUAAGGUUUUAGAUAUUUCCAUAAAGGUUUUAUACCUUUCCAUAAAGGUUUUAUACCUUUCCAUAAAGGUUUUAUACAUUUCUGUAAAUGUUUUAUACAUUUCCAUAAAAGUUUUAUACAUUUUUA